GCAUGACGCAAUGUCCUAGCGCCUGGCAACGUCUGCUGAGUGAUUCAUUCUGAAGUUCAGAGAUGGCAUAGCUAGUUUGAUAGUUAACUGUAAGAUCAAUAUGACUCCAAAUCGGAUUAAUGCCGACUAUUUUAUGAAAGUGGUAUAAGUUCUUAGAAGGUAACACAUAAACAUCCAGUCAUGAAGUUGAUCCAUAAAGACAUUGAAAAAGACAAUGCCGGUCAGGUCACUCUUGUCCCAGAGGAAGCAGAGGAUAUGUGGCACACAUACAACCUGCUGCAAGUGGGGGACAGUUUGAGAGCCUCCACCAUCAGAAAAGUGCAGACUGAGUCCAACACUGGAAGUGUGGGCAGCUCCAGAGUUCGAACUACCCUGACUAUAUGUGUGGAGACUAUUGAUUUUGACUCCCAGGCCUGUCAGCUGAGAGUAAAGGGCACUAACUUAGAGGAGAACCAAUAUGUUAAGAUGGGGGCUUACCACACUAUUGAGCUUGAGCUCAACAGGAAGUUCACUCUUGCUAAAAAGAGUUGGGACAGUGUUGUGCUGGAUCGAAUUGAGCAGGCUUGUGAUGUGACACAGAAGGCAGAUGUGGCAGCUGUAGUAAUGCAGGAGGGUCUUGCCAAUCUUGUUCUGGUGACACCUGCCAUGACUCUCCUAAGGGCAAAAGUGGAAGUCACAAUCCCUCGCAAGAGGAGAGGAAGCUGCACUCAGCAUGAGAAGGCACUCGAGAGGUUUUAUGAGGCUGUGAUGCAGGCAAUUCUUCGGCACAUCAAUUUUGACGUGGUGAAGUGCAUCCUGGUGGCCAGUCCAGGGUUUGUGAAGGACCAGUUCAUCGCCUACCUCUUCAAAGAGGCGGUGCGACAAGACAACAAGACACUAUUGGAGAACCGACCCAAAUUCAUGUUGGUCCACUCAUCAUCAGGUCAUAAGUAUUCACUCAAAGAAAUCCUGUCUGAUCCCACUGUGACAAGUAGACUUUCUGAUACCAAGGCAGCAGGAGAAGUAAAAGCGCUGGAGGACUUUUACAAGAUGCUCCAACAUGAGCCUGACCGAGCAUUCUAUGGACUGGCUCAUGUGGAGAAAGCUACCGACGCCUUGGCAGUUGACACCCUUUUGAUAAGUGAUAAGCUGUUCAGACAUCAGGACGUCCCCACAAGGAGUCGUUAUGUUCGAUUGGUGGACAACGUGAGAGACAAUGGCGGCAAUGUCAGGAUAUUCUCAAGCCUUCAUGUCUCUGGUGAACAAUUGACUCAGCUGAGCGGAGUGGCAGCCAUCUUGAGGUUUCCCAUCGCUGACCUAUCAGAGCCCGAGGAUGACAGCAGCUCAGAUGAAGACUAACUUACAGGAAUCAGAGCAAAUGGACCCGCCACUGGGAGAAAAGAAGCAGAAGGACGUCAUCUGGUGACGCACAAAGCAAAAGAAUGCAAAGACUUUGUGUGUUGUAAAACAAUAAAGCUGCUCCGAUAAGGCCUGUAUUUUCCACAUCUGGAACAUCCACACCUCCCUCAGAUAAUUAACACACUUUUACUGAAGUCGCCAUUAUUUCACUUUUAAUGCAGUUUUUGGUGGUUUGAUGUUUUUGGUUUGAAGGUGACUGUGUCUCCAAAAAGUGACGGAAAGCUAACACAUAAAAACUCAGCAGUUUUUUGAGAAUGUCAGCGAAAAGGAAAUGUAACACUUGGUGCCAAAUCAGGAUAAAAAAACAUCUGAGGGUUUAAUUAGCAUGACUUUGUUUCCAAAUGUAUAUAUACAGUAUAACUUUCUUGCAAUUAAACAACAGAAGCAUUCA